AUGCUCUCCGAUAAAGAAACAGAACCAAGUCUAAUCUCAGAAACAGGACAAAAUUCAAUCGUAAAAAUAAGACGAAGUUCAACCCCAGAAGCAAGACGAAGUCGAACCCCAGAAGCAAGACGUAGUCCAACUCCAGAAGGAAGACGAAGUUCAACCCCGGAAGCAACUCCACGUCAUGUGGAGGUAAAUGUUGUGAUAAAUCCUAUCAAUAAAAAAUUUCAAAACGGUGAACCUAAAAAACCAUUCAGUCAGCGCAAAUAUGAAAACGAUGAUAUUAUUUUAGAUUUAUCUUCAAUUCAACCAAAGCCCUCUUCUCAUGAACAAAUGAACCCACCAAUCUUUACACCAGAAGGUUCUAAAAAUAACAAGAAUAAAAGCAGUGAAAAAGUUACUACGGUAAAUAAGAAUAUGUUUGUUGAACCUUUGGAGGAUGAAAUUGUAAACAUGAGUGAUAAUGAUGAGCCGGUAUUUGAAAAAGUUCAAGAAUCAACAUCUAAAUUUGAUAGUAGGAAUAAUGAUACAGAUAAGGAAAAUGCAAAGACUACUCGUAACUCGAAAAAAGAUUUAAACAAUGAUUCCAUAUCACCUGAAAAAACAAUGGUCAAUAAAUUUAAAACUGUUGAUCAAAAAAGAAAAACAGUAGUUGUUGCGGGAUAUACUAUGGACGAAAACUACUAUAAUAAAGCUAGAAGCUCAAAGAACGUCGCAUCUAGACUGUCUAGCAUUAUGAGUGGAUUUUGGAGUGAUGAAGAAGCUUCAAAAUAUUGUUUAAAAGCGCGAUCAGAUAAACCGCAUUUGCAAGAAAUCGGCGACGCUGAAUUGAUGCCCAUAAAAAAUAUUUUCAAUGCUAUCAAUGAAGCAAUACCUUUGAAAAUUAUGAAUAAAAAGAAAAAUAAUGGUGUGAAACUCGACGAUGAAAUCCGAAAUUGUGCAAGUAGCAAUUUUGAAGCAAGGCGCAAGAAAUUAAAGAGUGUUAUUCCUACUCCUGCUAGUACACCUCAGUCUACAAACUUAUCUGUUGAAUUUAAGGACAUUUCACAAAUUGAUAAUGAAAUAGCAAGAUUGGAAAAACUUAAAGAUGACCUGAAUAAAAACAAAAAGGAAAAUGAAAACGUUUCUCUCCAGCAGUUACGAGCCAUGGAAGAGUCAUUAAAGAUGAGAGAAUUAGAGUUAAAUCGUAAAGAAAAGUUUAUUAAACAACGAGAAGAAGAGUUGAAUAAUCCUGAAAGAGAAUAA